AUGUUGUUGCAACCUUUUAAUUAUCUUGUGUUGGCUUCAAUUGAGGCUGUAGCUAGGGAAGGGGCAAAUUCUGGGGACGAUGUGAAGGUGUUGAAACCAGUGGGACAAAUUCGCAAGAAAAGGACAACCAGGUUUGUGGUGAACAUAAUCAGGCACCAUCUUCCAUGUGGAAAAGAAGUGGAAUCCGGUUCAUUAACUUCUAUCGAGACUAAAUUGGCUUCGAAGAAAGUAGUUGUGGAAAAUGAGGAACGCUGUAGACAGUGCUCUUCUUCCGAAAUUGGUCAGUGGCGGAGAGGACCCUAUGGACCACAUACGCUUUGCAAUAAAUGUGGAUUAUUUUAUUCCAAAGUUACAAAGAGGUUUGGUUCAAGAUCAGCUAAUAUGCUCAUGAGGUAUCACCGAGAGAUGUCCAUCGAAGAUCGCCAUGUUCCACAGAAGUGCAGUAUUCCAAUGGAUUUCGUGGAACGGUUGUUGGCAGAUGAGCAACUCGAUCCAAACUUCUUCCCCAUCCUACCUGUUUCAAUCAAUUAA